AUGAAAGAAACAAUCUCCGAGAAACUUGAGAUAUAUUUCUUUAACCUUCAAUAUGAAGAUUAUGAUAAGGCUGACCAAAAACUUAUUCAGCUUUUAUCUUUAGAAACUGAAGAAUGCGAAGAAUUGUAUCAAAAAGAACCCAAACUUUUUGAUCAAUAUUUUAGAAUGACUAAAAUAGAUGAACCUGAUACUGAAUCAGAACAAGAAGAUAACUUUAAAACUAAUACAAAGACUGUUAAGUUCGAAUAUUCAGAUAUGGAAGAUGAUGAAGCAGAAUCUUCUUAUACAACCGCAAGAAGAAGCAAUAAAAAGAAAUAUGAGUUCAAAAUUCCUGUCCACAAUGGUAUUCCAGAUAGUAGCAAAGGACCCAAUACGAUCAAUACAAACCCAGAUGAAUUUGAGAAAGCAAAAAAUGUUCUUCUACUUUUAGAACACAAAACUGAUGGAAUUGUGCAAAAGUUCCUAAGAAACAAUAAUUGGAAUGAAGAUUUGCAUGGUUCAGAUCUUUUUGAUAAUCUCAUAAAUGUCAUAUACACUACUUUCUUAGGUCUUGAUUAUAUUUCUAAUAAAGACUUUACCAUUAAUAAGAAAGCUGACGUAGCAAGAGUUUCAAUGACAAAACUCCAAUUACAUGAUAUUAGUCUUCUCGACAAAUACACAUGUAUGUAUGAAUCAUAUCUAUAUGAUAUUCCCCAGAGAAGUGAAUAUGCACAAUGGAUAUCUGCUUAUCUCAUGAAAAUUCCAAUUAUUGGAGAAAUCUGUACUGAAAGAUGGAAAAAAGAAGCUACUGGAGAAAUCCAGCAAACCAGUCUUUCUUAUGCAACAAAAAUUGCAAAGGAAGAAAUUGAUAGAAUCUGUCAAGACAGAUAUAAACAACAAAAGCUCAAAACAAUAAGUAAAGAUUGUUGUAGCAUUCUCUCUGAUUUCAAAAACUUUGAUAUUGGAAGGAAAACUUAUACUAAGAAAAAGUAUAAAAACAAAAAGAAAUACAAAUCUUUCUGGAAGAAGAAAAGAAGAAAAUUUUCACCAGGAAAAUACUUCAAAAAACCUUCAAAAGAAUCACCUAAGAAGACUACUUCCUGUCCACAAGGAAAGAAAAAAUGUAGAUGUUGGAUCUGCAAUGAAGAAGGACACUAUGCCAAUGAAUGUCCAAAUAGAAAAAAAUACCCUGACAAAGUCAAGGUUUUACAAACCGCUAAUAAUGGAGGAUAUGAAGCUCUUGAAGAAGAGUAUGAAGGUAUACAACAUGUCUUUACAUUUCAUGUUGAAACUGAUUCUUCAUCAAAUUCUGAUGAAAACAAAUCAACCACGGAUGACUCAGACUAG